AUGCCUGCAACACGUUCUACAACUGAACAAAGCUCAGCAUCAGCCGAUGUUCCGAAUCCAGCAGCUGGUGAUACACCCACCCCAAAUUCAUCUUUUGCCAUGAAAAUUCCUCGUUUCUGGAAAGAAAAUCCGCUUCUCUGGUUUGCACAAAUUGAAGCUCAAUUUGCAUUACACCACGUUACCAAUGAGAGGAUGAAAUACUUUAUCAUCUUGGCUGAUUUGGAUGCUGAAGUACUUAGCCAGGUGAGUGAUAUUGUUAUGAAUCCCCCCAACACAUAUAAACAAAUUAAGCAACGUCUUAUUGAACAUUUCUCUGUUUCCGAGGAAAAACGCAUCAAGACUCUGUUGACAACCGUGGAAAUUGGAGAUAAAAAGCCAAGUGCCCUGUUACGAGAAAUGAAAGGUCUAGCAAAUGGUGGUGUCACCGAAGAUUUUUGCUAA